AAUCAAAUCGGCGGACUAAACGGAAGUACAUAAACCGUGAGAUUUGGGCGCACAGAGAUGAGCGGAGACUCGGACGGGAAUCGGGAAUUCCAUGAGCAGCUUCGGCUGCAGGAACUGUACGGUCAGAGACGGGGCGAUGGAGAUGAUCCGUACACGUACAUCGACCCUGAGGAUGGCACAGCCUACGACUGGGACCACGAGAAGAAAGCCUGGUUUCCAAAGAUAACGGAGGACUUCAUCGCUGCGUAUCAGGCGAAUUACGGCUUCAGUGAAGAUGGAGCUGCAGUAGCGACAGGAGAACCUCAGCCUGAGAAACCUAAAGAGGAGGAAGAGGAGAAGGAGGAGAAGCAGGAGGAGAAAGUGACAGACUCGGGAAGCGCUAAAGAGGAAAAUAAGAAAGGAGAGAAGAGGAAAGCAGAACCAGGCUGGUUUGAUAUCGAGCAAGAGAAAAACACAAAUGUUUAUGUGUCAGGACUCCCUCUCGAUAUCACUCCUGAUGAGUUUGUGGAGUUGAUGUCUAAAUGUGGAAUAAUAAUGCGAGACCCGAUGACAGAGGACUAUAAAAUUAAAUUGUAUAAAGACAGUGAGGGGAAUCAGAAAGGAGACGGACUCUGCUGUUACCUGAAGAGAGAGUCAGUAGCUCUGGCCGAGCGUUUGCUGGAUGAGUAUGAGAUGCGAGGUUACCGGCUGCACGUUGAAGCGGCUCGCUUUGAGCUGAAAGGCCAGUACGACGCCAGCAAGAAGAAAAAGAAGAACAAAGAGUACCGCAAAAAACUGCAGCAGCAGCAGAAGCAGCUGGACUGGAGACCUGAGAAGAAAGGAGAAGUGCGUAAGAGACACGAGCGAGUGGUGAUCAUCCAGAACAUGUUCCAUCCCUCUGACUUUGAGGAGGAUCCGCUGGUGUUGAACGAGUAUCGAGAUGACCUGCGCUCAGAGUGUGAGAAAUUCGGAGAGGUGAAGAAGGUCAUCAUAUUUGAUAGGCACCCUGAUGGUGUGGCAUCCGUGGCGUUUAAGGAGACAGAGGAGGCGGAUAUGUGUGUGGCUGCGCUGAACGCACGGUGGUUUGGAGGGAGACAGCUUUCAGCUCAACUGUGGGACGGAGUCACUGACUACCAGGUGCAGGAGACGGUCAGGGAGCGGGAGGAGAGGUUAAAAGGUUGGUCGACUUUUCUGGGAGACGAAAAGACACAAGAGAUGCAAUCAAAAGGAGGAGAAGGAACGAAAGAAGUAGGACGGCAGGAAGAGGAAAAAGAGAAACCACCGGAAGAGGAAAAAGCGAAACAACAGGAAGAGGAAAAAGCGAAACAACUGGAAGAGGAAAAAGCGAAACAACAGGAAGAGGAAAAAGCGAAACAACAGGAAGAGGAAAAAGCGAAACAACAGGAAGAGGAAAAAGAGAAACAUCAGGAAGAGUUAAAAGAGAAACAUCAGGAAGAGAAGGAGGAAGCAACUGUCGAGUCCACUGACAGCAGUUUGGCUGGGAGCGAAGACGAGUCUUAACUGUGUGUGUGUGUGUGUGUGUGUGUGUGUGUGUGUGUGUGUGUGUGUGUGUGUUUGAGAUACAGUGUAAAUCGCUGAUGGUCAUUAGCUUGAUUUUUCAGCUCUUGUAUGUGAACAUAAUGUUUUAUAAUGAAAAUAAAAUCAUCAGUGUGUGUG